AUGCCCGUCCACCAGGAUGCAUCUGGGGUCGGCCUCCUUUUAGCUGCCAGGAGUGGCGAUGUCGAAUUUGUACGCUCUCUCGUACGUCAAGGCGCUGAGUUGGAGCAGCGAGACAUACUAGGGGACAGCGGGCUCCUGAAGGCUGCUCGGUACGGCCAUGCUCAGGUGGUGAAAUUGCUGCUCGUGGCCGGCGCCGACGUCAAUGCCUACGACAACAACGGAUGGACCGCUUUUGCACACGUCGAUCGCGAAUGGCCGCGAGGAGGUGGCCUCCGCGCUCCUCUCCAGCUAUCAUCAGCCAGCAUCGAUCAACAUGGAGGUGCGACUACCUCGAACGGAGACACACCUCUCCAUAUGGCGGCCUUUCACGGGAGAGAGUGGGCCGUAGAAAAACUCCUGCGUCUUGGGGCAAAUCGUGGGGCCAUCAACGAUAGAGGAGAGCGCCCGGUUGAGGUAGCAAGGCACAACACCGUGCGUGCGAUGCUCGGACCUUCGACGGGAUCACCCAACCAAGACGAAGAACCUGCUGUCGGAUUCGCUUCCAGCUUUGAAGAGGGUGAAGGUGACGUGCCGCGAAACAUUCCUACCAACACCAAGUUCGGCCAUCGCACCAUCGGUGGUGGAAAUGGGCGGGAGAAUGCAGACCCCGGCGCAGGGGUUGUCGAGGGGGUUAGACGUUCUUUCUACGAGACACCAUCGUCUAAAGCGAAGAACCGGCGAGUGCACAGAGUGCUGAGCCAAAUGGAAAAAUCCACAUUGCCUUCGGUGGAGCAGGAGUCCGGAAAAAUAGGAGACAACGAACAAUUCGACCGGUCACUCAACGGGAGCCUUGUCAGCAGCCACGUUUCGACGGAGACAGAAGUGAGGUUUGCCUCCUUGCAGAAACGAGGAAGCGAUUCCUCUUUCGAAGAAGCCUCAUCGGAAGGUGAACUGUCCCUCGACAGUAGAAUGGCACAGCACUAUCCGGCAGAGGAAAUUAUACAGUGA